AUGAACCUGACCCGCGCUCUUCUGUUCCUAUUUACCCCAGCUGCCGCUGUUCUGGCGGCUGCGGCCUCGCAGAAUGCACCUACUAUCACAGUUGCAUCUCCCGCGGCCACCAUUGUUGGCUCAUUAGGAGUGGUGGAGAAAUUCAAUGCCAUCCCUUUUGCCCAGCCACCCACGGGCUCUUCGCGUCUGAAGCCUCCUCAGCCGAUUGAGACAUCCCUAGGCACUAUUGAUGGUACCGGCAGUGCCAAGUCAUGCCCUCAGUUUUUUCUCACAACCAACAACAGCGAGUUCCCAAGUUCUAUCAUGAGCGCCUUAGUCAACAUUCCUUUCUUCGAGACCAUAACAAAUGCCGGGGAGGAUUGCUUAACCCUAAAUAUUGCUCGCCCGUCCGGUACAACACCAGACUCGAAGCUACCGGUCCUGGUGUGGAUCUACGGUGGUGGCUUUGAGUUUGGGGCGACGGCUGCAUAUGAUGGCACUUCGCUGGUCGCGAGCUCAGUUAACCUGGACAUGCCAAUCGUCUUUGUGGCGAUGAACUACCGAGUGGGAGGAUUUGGAUUUAUGCCUGGAAAGGAGAUCCUUGCAGACGGCGCAGCUAAUCUUGGACUAUUGGACCAACGCCUCGCCCUGCAGUGGGUGGCUGAUAAUAUUGCAGCAUUUGGCGGUGAUCCAGAUAAGGUAACCAUCUGGGGGGAGUCAGCAGGCUCCAUCUCAGUCCUUGAUCACUUGAUCAUGUAUGAUGGCAACAAUACCUACAAGGGAAAACCAUUGUUCCGGGGCGCGAUAAUGAAUUCAGGCAGUGUGGUUCCAGCCGAUCCAGUAGACGGGGUCAAGGGACAGCAGGUGUAUGACUCCAUCGUGGAGUAUGCUGGAUGCUCAUCCGCGGCGGAUACCCUGGAGUGUCUACGCACUUUGGACUAUACAGACUUUUUAAAUGCGGCCAACUCUGUGCCAGGCUUCCUGAGCUACAGUUCGGUUGCCUUAUCAUAUUUGCCUCGACCAGAUGGGGAGGUACUAACCGCUAGUCCCGAUGUUCUGGUCAAAGCGGGCAAAUAUGCACCUGUUCCCAUCAUCAUUGGUGACCAGGAGGAUGAAGGGACGUUAUUGGCGCUCUUUCAGUCAAAUAUUACAACAACCACUCAAAUCAUCGAUUACCUAGCUGAGCAUUUCCACGGGGCAACGCGGGACAGGCUCAAGGAGCUGGUGGCCACAUACCCAGAUAUCACAACAGAUGGCUCACCCUUCCGGACAGGCAUCUUCAAUAACUGGUACCCACAGUUCAAACGACUGGCAGCUCUGUUGGGCGACCUGACAUUUACACUUACACGCCGUGCAUAUCUCAGGUACAUGACUGAAAUCACACCCGACGUGCCCUGCUGGUCGUACCUGGCAUCGUAUGACUACGGAACGCCCAUCAUGGGAACAUUUCACGCCAGUGAUAUCCUGCAGGUUUUUUAUGGCAUUUUGCCGAACUAUGCAUCAAAGGCAAUUCAUACUUAUUACCUCAGCUUCGUGUAUGACCUCAGCCCGAACUCACGUCGCGGCAAUUUCAUGGAGUGGCCGCAAUGGAAUGAAGACCAGCAGCUGAUGCAGUUCUUCAAUGACCGUGGGGCAUUGCUGGCGGAUGAUUUCCGCAAUGACACAUACAAUUUUAUUCUGAAUAACGUGGAUUCAUUCCAUGUCUAA